GUAAAAAUGCGACAGGAAAGAAAAGCUUCGUUCAUCACAUAAAAUCAAUAAUCAGUUACGUGCUGUUGUUGCUAUAGCGACAGGUUUUCAAUAUGGAGGAAGAAAGCGGUGAUUUCGAAAAAUUUUUGAAAGAUGUCGAUGAAGUUGAAUCUAUCAUAAAGGAUCUUACAUCUGACGAUGAGAAAAAACAGAAAGAAGCAGUGAAAGCAUCAGACAAUUUUAUGAAAAACAGACCAUGUCAAGGAAACCUGACGAUAAAAUACGAUAAAUGUUUGAUUAACGAGAGAAAGGAAUUCUCUGGAGAACAAAGCAGAAAAGAGCAAUCAGAUGGCAUUCUUCGGAAUAUUCAAGAGGAUGCGAAUCAACGUGCUCAAAGACGAAAAGAAAAUGAAGCAAAUUCCAAAGAAUUAAAGUUGAAAGGAAACAAGGAGUUCAAAGCAGGGAACUACAAGAUAGCCAUUGAUUAUUACUCCAGAGCCAUUGGACUUGUCAAAUAUUUUCCAGCACUUUACACGAACAGAGCACAGGCUUUGAUCAAAGUUGAACAGUACGACGCUGCAAUUGAUGAUUGUAAAUGGGCAUUAAAGAUUGAUGAAAAAUGUGUGAAAGCCUAUAUUCAUUGUGGACGUGCCUUUCAACGAAAGAAGUGCUUUUCAGAGGCGUUAUCGUACUUUAAACAAGCUCAAGAAAUUGAUCCAAUGAAAAAAGCUAUUUUUGCAGAAUAUAUUUCAAAAGCUGAAAGUGAGAAAGAAAAGUUCGACGAGGAAUAUAAGAUCGUUACAAAUCUAGAAUAUUCAUCUGACCUAAAGUUCGUGAAAGAAACCAUAGAAAAACUGGAAGAAAAUAAAGAUGAUCCUAAAUUUUGCAUUAUUCUUCUCCGUCAACUUCAAGACUUUGUGCUGAAUGAUUGUAAAAAGAAGGUUGUGUUUCGUGUUUCAAAAGGUUUCGACUGUUUUGGCAAAAACUCAAAAUUUAGUAGAAUUUGUAGCAAUCCUGGCUUUUGGCAAUUUUCUGACCAAACUGAUUUUGUGUGCGCUAUGUUAACUUUAGGAAAAAAUGUGAUUGUAGAUAAUGAAAAUAACUGUGAAGAAAUUCUCAACCAAAACAUCCUCGAUAUAAUUUAUACAUUAUCACGUAAUUGUGACGUUAAGAAAAUCCACUUAGCUUCAUUUAAAUUGAUGCACCAAAUUACCGAAUUUACAUAUGGACGAGAAUCGAUUAUGGAUUACACUUUGCAAAAUAAAUGUUAUGUCCAAGAUCUGUUGGCUUUCAUGGAAAAGAAAAGCCUUGUUUCAAAGAUUGUCAUUGGAUGUUUGAACAAUUUAUCACUGAAUCAAAGGUUUGCUCUAAAUUAUUGCUGGCAGCUGGAAGAAGUAAUAUUUGCGUUUUUGGAAAAAUCUCUUUCCGCGAAUGAACUUAUGGAUGCUGUCAUAGUCAUGGAGCUUAUUACGUCUUGUUUUUCAACUCUGGGAAAUCUCUCGCGAAUGUUGGAAAUCAGAAAGCGGCUGCAGAAUAAUGUUUUAUUGUGGAAUCUAUGUGUUCAAUAUUUGGUAAGAUUUAGCUAUAUUUAUUGUUUUCCUGUUUAAUAUAACUAUAUUUUUUUUAAAUGUCGAAAUAUGUUUAAUAAAGACGAACAAUCCAACAAUA